AUGGAGCUUGUAAAUCGGGACGCUUCUCUUAAAAUAAAGGUUAUCAUUGCUCAUGUUGUUGAGAAAUACCGGUAUAUCAUAUCAUACAAAAAGGCAUGGAUUGCAAAGUGUAAGGCAAUUGAGUCGCUCUAUGGAAAUUGGGAGACAUCUUACAACGAUCUUCUGCAGUGGAUACUGGUAAUGAAAACAUAUCUUCCAGGUACCAUUAUAGAAUUACAAACCCUACCUGUGAUUUCAAAUGAUGGUUCAUACUUGGGUGACCAAAGGAUAUUUCAUCGUCUGUUUUGGGCGUUUAGACCAUGUAUAUGUGGCUUCGCGUAUUGUAAACCAAUUGUGCAGGUUGAUGGAACUUGGUUGUAUGGCAAGUACAGAGGGACUCUGCUGAUGGCUGUGGCACAGGAUGGGAACGGGAACAUAUUUCCGAAAGCAUUCGCAUUAGUUGAAAGUGAAACAAAGGAAGCCUGGAGUUUCUUUCUUAAGAAUUUGAGAAUGCAUGUUACCCCCCAAGCAAAUCUAUGCCUAAUAUCAGACAGGCAUGAAUCAAUAAAGAGUGCAUACAACAACCCGGAAAAUGGAUGGCAGUUUCCUCCUUCAUCACACGUCUAUUGCAUCAGACAUAUCGCGCAAAACUUCAUGCGGGAGAUUAAAGACAAGGAUCUGCGGAAAAUGGUUGUUAACAUGGGUUAUGCAUUAACAGAGGCAACGUUUAACUACUAUCGGGGGGAAAUCCGAAGAAUAAACAACGACGCUUUAUCAUGGAUAGACAACAUCCCUCGCGAGAAGUGGGCAAGGGCAUUUAACGGAGGGCAACGCUGGGGUCACAUGACAACUAACCUAGCAGAAGCAAUGAACGCGGUGUUGAAAGAAACCCGGAACCUUCCAAUCACUGCAUUGGUCAAAUCUACGUACUAUCGUUUAGGAUCACUAUUUGGUAGAAGAGGCCAUCAGUGGAUAAAAAUGUUAGCCUCUGGGCAGGUUUUCACUGAUAACUGCAACAAGGGGAUGGCUGAGGAAGUCAUCAAAGCUAACACGCAUAACGUCAUGCAGUUCGACCGAGAGAGAAUUUCAUGGUCCAAGAGAAGAUUAAUCAUAACGACGGUCGACCAACCGCAACGUUUAGCGUUGAUCUAA